AUGGCUUCCAGAAAGGCAUCCCGUAACGAUGAUGGUGAGGAUGUAGACAAGGAGGAUGGCAAUGAGAACGAAGACCCGAUGGCGGAUCAACUCGAUGACCCGUUAUUCGAAGACGUUCAGGUUCUCGACUAUGACUGGAACGACCCCGACAGUGAUCCAAGCCAUGAGCAGCCUGAUGCACCUGAGCACGUAACUCAGCCGAAAGGAAACAAAUCUCCAGCGUUGUUCAACUGUCGACUGCUGGUGUUUCUGCGUGAAUUUAAAGGUCAGUCCUCCGGAGCUCAUAUUGCGCACUGGAAUGUAGAUGGAAAGUCGCUCAAUGACUUUAAGACGAAAUUAUGGGAGCUAUGCAGACCACAUCUACUUCGAGAAGUAAUUUUUAAUCAGCAAGACGAUGGAAGCACGGUGCCAGCAUGGAUGGAUAAGGAUUCUCCGGAAGAAGAAGAUUUGGUGAGGUUUGCCAUUUUUUACGAGAAGCAAAAUCGUAAGUACACUUCGCUGGACAAACUGACCACCACGUUGCUUCAGAACUGGAAAGGAAAAGAAAUUCAGCUGCUGUUGCAUGUUUAUUCACUGUCCGUAAGUUCCCGUAAGAUUUUCAAUUCAGUGAAGCAACAUUUGAUUGACCCAUCUGAGCGCGAUAAGGCAGGAGCAGCCUCAACCCAAGUGGUCGUCGAUUUAUCUAAGGAUUUGCGUCAACGACAUGGUCAUCUUUGGGAUGGACACGAAAUGGCAUGGACAAUGUGGGCAUCAGCCAUACUUGCUUCGCCAGCUCAUACGCGUGAGAACAUGAUUAAUUCAGUUCCUCCAAAGCAUCUGCAACAUCUUUUCAUAACACAGGACGGUCCGAAAAUUGAAAGUGUGAAGCGUGGGUUGGCUGUAGCUCACAAUGUAAAUGCGUCGUUUUGUGAAGAGAUCACAGCGCUGAAGGAAGCGUUUUCCUCACUUGAGGUGGUAGCCAAGAAUAUGCAGCUACAAAUUUCAUUCGUGAAGCAUCGCAUCGAAGCAUUGGAGCAGCGUGGACGCAUGAGUGAUUCAUUCAUAAGUGCGAUGGAAACUUCAAUGGAAGUUUCCGAAGGAGAGUUCAGUCGACAUAUUGCUGGACAGGUAGUUGACAUGGAGGAUGUAGACCACGAAUAAGCCAACUUGCAAAUGAGUUGAGAUAACUUGUUUUAAUGAAUAAAGACAAAUACAUUGUUUUACUAUAUUUUCUAUUUUAUUGGUUUUCAAAUACGAAAGAUCAAAGAAAUUAGAACUUUUCUGCAUUGAUUAUGUUUCAUUCGUCUGUUUCAAUAUUCUUGAAAUCAGACA